AUGUCUUCGAAAUCAAAUUUAAAACUAAAAGAUUACCUGGCCGAAGAUGAUAAACUUGAUUUAUCAAUACUCAAUCUAAAAGCAGUUCCUAAUAUCAAUGACAUUUUGGCUUUACGUAAGGAUGAUUUUAGUAAACUCGAAGGUAUUCAUACAUUGGAUUUAUCAAAAAAUCAUCUUACAAAGUUACCUGAAAAUUUCGGUCAAUUAAAAUCUUUGAAACAAUUGGAUUUAUUUGAUAAUCAGAUUACAAAUUUACCACUUUCCUUUUCUGAAUUAACGAAAUUAGAAUAUUUAGAUUUAAAAAAUAAUCCUCUUGAUGAUGAUUUACAAGCACAAGCUGGUAAAUGUUUAAAUAAAAAAGAAUGUCGACUAUGUGCUGGAAAGGUUCUGCAAUACGUUGGCGCACUUAAAGCAGAGUAUGAAAAAGAAGAAGCGAUUAAAUUGAAAAAGAAACAAGCAAAUGACAGAGCAAAAGCUAGAAAACGUGAAAAACAAGUAGAACAGGAACGUGAAGAAAAACGUUUGAAACGUUUGGAAAAUGCUCAAAAACGAUUAUUAGAAAAAGAAAACCAACAAAAAGAAAAAAGUGAAAGCGAAAAUGAAAAUAAUGAAAGUAAACAAAAUAGUGCAACAAAAAGCAAUAAUGAAGAUGAAGAAGAAGGUUUUCUAUCACAAGCAAUCGAUGGAAUUCUAAAUGGUCUUUUAUUUAGCUUAAUGAUAGCUUUUAUUUGGGAAUUAUAUCGUAAUCGUCAACAAUCUAUGGAUUUUCGUGACUUUUACAAAUAUAUUUGA